UGUCCCCGGCGCUGCUGCUGCUGCUGCUGCGGAGGCCGGAGCCGGGUAGGAGGCGGCGGCUGCACCGGGGCCGCUGAGGAGCCCUGCGGGCCCGGCCCCCUUGGGCGCCCGGGAGGCGGGGACGGCGCGUGACCGGAUUUUCUGGCUACAGCUGCCUGUGAAUCCUAUGAAGUCCUGAUGUUUGUUUUUUCCUAAGUGACACAACAGAAUCUGCGAGGAAUGGAGAAAGCUGUCUCUUCAUCAGAGCAGCAAAGCGCACAUUGGUGUGAUGGAGGCAAAACCGUGUUAAUGACACUGGAGCCAAACAAAGAAGAUUUUUCUGCCCUUGAGUGCCCCCAAGGUGAACAGAGAAUAGCUGCUUUUGUUAAAGAUGCAAAAAUGCCUCUGGAGAGUGCAGCUUUAUCAGGGACAUCAGUGGAAGGGGCGACUGAUCUCAAGGAGACUGCCUUCUAUGUUUCCGACAACGUGGCAGCCAUGAACAGAGAUGAGAGAGGGAAUUCAGGUGCUGAUGAUAUGUGCAGCUGUAAGAAGGAUCCCACUUUUUUCUUGCCUCUAGCCCGCCAGGAGCCAGACGUUGCUUUGGAAGCACACAACGUGGCAGAUGAGCCCGAUCCUGCCCUCUGUGGUGCUGUCCCGAUCACGCCUCACAGGAAGGAACUCUGCACCAGGAAUGAAGAACAUGUAGAACUCAAGAAAGGGUUUUACAGAGCAGAUUCCAGGGGUUCAGCAGAGCUAAGCAGCAUGACUGUGUCUGGCAGCACAUCAUGGGAUUGUUCCACUCUAGAGACAAGAGGAGGUGACUUGAGAGAAGAAAGCACUUUAGAAAGACUUUCUGGUUUGAAGGACUCAGCAGGCUCAAAAGAAGUGCAGUGUGUAAAUCCUUCACAUUCAAUGGAGUCCACGUUUACAGUGGAGUCCAAGAUUGUAAAUACUGUGCAGAUGGACACUGAUCAACUGGAGAGAGACUCUGAGGACUUGAACACUCACAAGGCUACAGCAGAAACUUCCAUUGCUUGUGCUGGAGUACGGUCUGUGAGUGGAGAGGAAAAAUAUCAUAAAAACGAACCAAAGCAACUUGAAGCCUUCAGCAAAGAGCACUUAGUUAAAAAAAAGAAGGGCAUUCAGAGGUUUGACUGGAUUUCUGGGCACAGUGAGAGUUCUAGUCCUCACUAUAAAGACAUAAACAAGCCAACAGAUGGAGCAACUAACUUAUCCACCAGGGGACAGGCUGUGCAUGAGGUCCCUCGUCUGUUGACUCUGCCAGUAUUCAGAAAAACGCUAAACCCUGUCUUGAGCAAGUCGAAAACUCUGGAGAGUGUAUCUUCCCACAGGACGGGGCUGGCAAUGGAGGCCAGUUUGAGUGACUUGAGUUCUCUUAAUGCUGCAGAGUGGACAUUGCAAAAGCCAAGCCUCCAGAUAAAUGCAGAUCUUGCUGUCAACAAACAGUCCUGGACGGUAAACGCUGAAGACUCUGUGGAGCGAAUCCCACUGAUGUCUCUAGAACCGACUCCCUGCAGCUCCUAUGACAUUGAGAUGAGGCCGUAUGUGUGCAGUGUCUUGUUAGAGGAGCAGGGAAAGGACGAGCUUGGCCAGGAGGAGGAUCCCACCGUGUACACGUGCAUUGAAUGCAGCAUUUACUUUAAGAAAAAGGAACACUUGAUGGAUCACAUGCUUCAGCAUAACCAGGGACCAGGGCAGGACCAAGACAGAGAUGCAGUUGGGGGUCCGUGUCAGUUCUCCUGUAAUGAAUGCGGAUGGGCAUUUGGGGACCCUGGCUGUCUGGAGCAGCACAAGAGGCUUCAUCAGGAGUCCAGAGAGAAAAUCAUUGAAGAAAUCCAGAAGCUCAAUGAGUUUUCAGACGAAGGUCGAGAAGCCCGGCUGCAGUGCCCCAAGUGUGUCUUUGGAACCAACUCCUCUAAGAUCUUCGUCCAGCAUGCCAAGAUGCACGUCAAAGAGAGGAAGGACCAAGGCAUGAAGAAUGUCAAUCUCUUUAGCAGCACUGGCAGUGGAGAAAUGCAUGACAGCCCAGUGCACAACAUCUACAAACACUUAAAACCAAACAAACACACCCCUGUGCAGGUGCAGCCACACAGCAGCAGUAAAGGACUCAGCACCUGCAUGCUCUGCAGCUUCCCCGCCCCCAAUGAAAAUAUCCUAAAGGAACACAUGAAAUAUGCCCAUUCCCAUCUUCCCUGGGACAUAGAGAUUUUUGAAGAGGACUCUAAUCAGCCCGGAACUAGCAGGGAUGCCUACAGCCCUGCUAGGCCAGGCCGAUUUUCAGAGAUGGAUUAUUUUGGCAAAGCCGAGAGACUUUUUCCCCAGCCUCACCGAGAAAGCAAAUCCCAUUAUGAAUCUGUCCAUAGUUUUGCCAUGGGUCACCAGAGACUCAAUAAAAGCAAUGGGACUAAUAAAAAGGACUUCCAGACAUCAGAGUUUUACACCAGGAAAGCAGCCCCAUACGGUGCCCUGUACAAAAACGUAGGGCUGUCCACCCUUACCUCAGCAAAAGUUUGUUCUCAGUUUGCCCUGCAGCAAAUGAAAAAAAAAAGCACAAUACAGCACCUAGAGAGUGAUGGGGACGAUGUCAGGAGUCACCCGGAGAGGCUGGAGGAGCUCAGGCACAAAUGGGCAUUGGCAAAUGAUGUUGGGAGCAUGGAAGAGGAAAUUUCUUUAACCACGGAAAUAGAUUUGACUGAGAAUAGAAGCUUCAAACCCUUUGCUAUUCCUCAGUCUGCUUUGGCCCUCAAGAGGACUUUCGGAGACACCUUGAAAGCAACAGACUCUUCUAUAGCAUCGGAAGAACAGCAGCAUCAGUUACAGAAGAUGGUCCCUGUUGUCCUUCUAGAGGAGAUGAACCUUCAUCCCCAAAAGACAAAGCGGCCAAAGGGGAAGCUGUACAAGAAGAAAAUAGCAGCUCCUUCCAGGGAGUUCAUGAUGGACGAAUCCCUCCCCUUAGAUAUUCUCUUGCUGGACUCCCCUCUAGAGGGUUCCCUAGAGCUAGAUGAUCUCUUGGAUACAGACUCUCCCAUGCUGAAGAACGAAGAGAGGAAAUGCCCAUAUUGUCCUGACAGGUUUCACAAUGGGAUUGGCCUAGCCAACCAUGUGCGGGGACACUUGAACAGGGUGGGUGUGAGCUACAAUGUCCGUCAUUUCAUCUCAGCAGAAGAAGUGAAAGCUAUUGAGCAAAAAUUUUCCUUCCAAAAGAAGAAGAAAAAAGGUAUUGCCAACUUUGACCCAAGUACUUUCAGUUUAAUGCGAUGUGAGUUCUGUGGGGCUGGUUUUGAUACACGUGCCGGUCUGUCCAGCCAUGCCAGAGCCCACCUGAGGGACUUCGGUAUCACCAACUGGGAGCUCACCAUCUCCCCAAUUAACAUCUUAAAGGAGCUGCUGGCCAAUUCAUCCCAACACCCUAUGCUGCAGUCUGCAGUAGGAACGGAGCCUUCAUCCCCAAACCGAGAGAGGGAGGUGCACGGGUUUGGACACCGAAAAAGCAUGACCCCCAUGUCUGAAUGCAGUAUUCCACGGUCUCCUUUAUCCCCGUACCCACCUGCGUGGGGAGACGAGUCCAUGCAGUCCUUCCGAGACGUUAUGGCCUCUGAGGAGGAAGAAAUGGUUGCCAUGGAAGUCGGGUCACCACCCAUCCCAAAGAAGAGUACUCCGGCCGGGCAAUUGGAUCAAACUCCAAACAGAAUAGGGACCAAACUGUCUCCUGAACCUCCUGGAAACAAGCCAGACUCCCAGGAUUCCAAAACUCAAAACCUCACAACAUGCGAGGUCUGUGGUGCCUGCUUUGAGACCCGCAAAGGCCUGUCCAGCCACGCUCGCUCUCACCUUCGGCAGCUGGGCGUGGCAGAGUCCGAGAGCAGUGGAGCUCCCAUCGACUUGCUCUAUGAACUGAUGAAGCAGAAGGGCAAACCUGACAGCAGCCCAAUGUCCCCAACGCUCAGCAAAAAAUCCAGCUCCCCCAAAGAAGGGACAGGCAGCUCCCCACGGCCAACACUGCUGUCUCUCAGCAAGACAGGCGACCGCUUGCCAGAUCCCCCUGUAAACAAAGCGAUCAAGUCCCCACCAGGCUUCUCUUCAAAGAGCCUUUCACAACCAGGAUCCCCCCUCCUCAAAAAAGUGCCACCCACACUCUCAGGAUCUCCCCCUCCAAAACACCCCGAGGACAAGACCCCCAAGUUGCCCCUGAGCCCUCUGCAGAGCUCUCCAAAAGCACAGUGGCCGCAGCCCGAGGAGGAAGGGCCCUUAAAUCUAACUGUAGAUAGUGACUCGGGCAAAGAAAUUGACUGCCAGUUAUGUGGUGCCUGGUUUGAAACCAGAAAGGGGUUAUCGAGUCAUGCUAGAGCCCACCUGAGACACCUGGGAGUGAAUGAUCCAGAUGCUAAAGGCUCUCCAAUUGAUGUUUUAAAUGACCUCAUCCAAAGUGAAGACUUCAAAAGCCGUCUUUCCUCUCUCCUCCCUAGUGAGAGAAAAUCAUUAGUGGAGGCUGGGAGCUCGGACAGACCCAGCCCAAAGAGCACAGCAGCAGCACCUGCAACAGGCAUGAAACAACCACCUCCACCAAGGCCUUUGGGCAAACAGCCAGCGAUCCUCUCACCUCACUCCCUUCCACCAUCCAAGAAACUGAAGCCACAAACCCACAGGUUGUCAGCUGAGGCCAGUCUGCAAAGAAAACAGGGUCUUUCCUCCAGCGCGUACUGGGCUUCAGAUGCUGGGAUGUCUCCACUCAACCUCUCCUCUGGAUCGGAGCCCGUGAGGGAUAUCAGAUGCGAGUUCUGUGGGGAGUACUUCGAGAACCGGAAGGGGCUGUCCAGCCAUGCCAGGUCCCACCUGCGCCAGAUGGGGGUGACCGAGUGGUAUGUCAACGGCUCCCCAAUCGACACGUUGCGGGAGAUCCUCAAGCGCAGAGCUCAGCCCCGGGGUGGCACCACAAAUCCACCAACCCCAGGGCAGAAAGCCAUGACCAAGACCGUCAUCGGCAGCAUGGGAUCGCUGGAGCCUCACAGCCCAGGAGAGAUUCAUGUGCCCUCCAUGCCCAAAAAGGUCCAGCAGCCAGGAAGUCCCAUGGGACACUCUCCUACCUCCUCCCCUCCCCCAACAGCCAGGAAGAUGUUUCCAGGGAUGGCCCCUCCCUCUUUUCAGAAGAAACUGAAACAAGACCAAAUGAGAAUGGAGAUCAAGCGAGAGAUGAUGUCUGGGAGCUUCCACGGUGAGCCCCAUCCAUCCAACAGGACCUGGUCUCCACGGGAGGAGAUGUCCCCCUUGAACCUCUCCUCCCGUGCUGACCCCGUGAGGGAUAUCCGAUGUGAGUUUUGUGGGGAGUACUUUGAGAACCGGAAGGGGCUGUCCAGCCAUGCCCGGUCCCACCUGCGCCAGAUGGGGGUGACCGAGUGGUCUGUCAAUGGCUCACCCAUCGACACACUGCGGGAGAUCCUCAAGAAGAAGUCCAAGCCCUGUAUGAUCAAGAAGGAGCCCCAUACUUCCAGCAUUGAGCCCCCCAAACCGAUGGCAGAGGAAGGUGCAGCCCUCAAGUCCCCUGGUAAAAUGCUGCAGGCCAUGUCCCUCUCCCCUCUGGGUGGAAGGACGGGAAAGCCCGGCCCCAGUGGUUCCAGCAUGAGCCGGGAGAUCUCGCUCUCGCCACUCACCAGCAAACCCCACGGGGGCUUCCUGACUCCACUCUCCACCAAGCGGCCACUGCAGGAAGAUCGUCUUGGGGGCCAUGGCGAAGUGAAGCAGAAGACCUACAUCCAGACCGAGCUGCCCUUCAAAGCCAAGGCGGCUCAUGACAAGCCGGCACACACAUCUGCUGCGAGGUGCCCUGCUGGCUGCCAGCUUCUUCCCAGACCCUCUGCAAGCUUUCACUCCCUGCUCUCUCUGUCUCCAGCCAGUGAAGCCUGCUGCGAGCUCUGUGGCCUCUACUUCGAGAACCGCAAGGCACUGGCCAGCCAUGCUCGGGCUCAUCUGCGGCAGUUUGGUGUGACUGAAUGGUGCGUGAAUGGCUCACCCAUAGAGACGCUGAGCGAGUGGAUCAAGCACAGGCCCCAGAAGGCCGGAGCCUAUCGUAGCUACAUCCAGGGGGGCCGGCCCUUCACCAAGAAGUUCCGCAACUCGUCCCACUCACGGGAGCAGGACAGCGCAGGGAAGAGGCUGCCCCUGGGCCUGCAGCCAGGCGCCAUGCCCCUCAUGAGCAAGAGCCUGGUGGGCGAGAUGGGGCACAGUGAGCCCAGCAAACUCCUGGAUAGGGGCAGUGGUGGGGGUGGCGAGCGGCCCAUGGUCACCUCUCCCCUGUCACUGGUGAAGGUGGAGGAGCAUCGCCAGAACAUCAACAAGUUUGAACGAAGACAAGCCAAACCCCCAGAGGCCUCCCUCUCCCGAGAGGAGGAGGCCAGCGACUUCCAGCAGAAAAUGGAGGAAGCUCGCCAGCCAGCACCCAGGAUGAGACCAGUGCCCUCACUGGUCCCCAGGCCUCCACAGACAUCCUUGGUGAAAUUUGUGGGUAACAUCUACACCCUGAAGUGCAGGUUCUGCGAGGUGGAGUUCCAGGGCCCUCUCUCCAUCCAGGAGGAGUGGGUACGACAUCUCCAGCGACACAUCCUGGAAAUGAAUUUCUCCAAAGCCGACCCCCUGUGCAGUGAGCCAGAGGCCCCCGAGGUGCAGGCCGUAGCUGAGGCUCAGUAACGGAGCCCGCUGGCCGGCGUCCCUCUGCCCCUCUCUUGUACGAGCACGUUUCCAAAGGAGCACGCUGAAGGACUCUGAUGCAGACGGUUACCAAAGGGAGGUAGCUAAAUUCUUACUGCUGGGCUCUGCAGCCUCCCGGAGCCCAGCUUCCCCUGUGCUGACUCACAUUGCAUGGGAGUGCCAGCGUUGAGCACUACGUGACAUAAGACAUUCUUCUGGGGGAGACAACCAUUACAGACUGGAGAUGGGAGCCCCAUGGGGCUCCCAUGAAGCAGGCAAGGAGGCUGCUGCACGGAAUCCUGAUGGGUGUGAAAUGAGACUCAUUUUCCCAGCCGGGAAUGGGAGCUCCCUGCAAAAGGGGAUGAAUGUGGGGAUCCCUCUUUCCCGCUAAUGAAUGCAGAUUAGUCCAGAGACUCUGGUCCAGGGAGGGGAGUGCGUGUUUGCUCUGCUGCGAUUCAGGUUUCUAUGAGUAUUGCGAACGUGACAGUCCAUCAGGCCAUAUGUAACAAGAUAGGGAGAGAGGAGAAAGCAACUCUGUCUGUGAUGGUGAAUGUUGUUAAUUAUGUAUAUGGCCCUAGAGUUAAUGUAUAUUCGAUUCCUUAGACGAUGAUUAAUUUAGUUCACAUAGAUGUCAGAGUCCAUUCUUACUGGGUUGCGCUGCAUGUUACCCAUCCCCCUCCCCCAGACAAUACAUCAUUGGUCAACUUCAUCCCACACAUUAAAUGGCAAGUCAUGGAUUUACUGAUCCUCCACCUGUCUCGUAAUGUCUACAUUCAUUCUUUCCCUCCCCACAACUUCUUGCUGCCAGUUGUCGUCCUAACCAUUUCACUUGAGAUUGUGCAGUGCCCCGCGGGUUCCUGUUGCUGUUAGCUUCCCGUGGCGGUGACCCAACACUACCAGAGGGGGUAGCUUUAGGCUGCACGCUGCCUUCCUUUCCUUUCUUAGCCUUCGAUUGUAGAAUGUCUUAAGAUCUCUGCAGUGCGACCUCCCGCCCCACCUGUCUGAAGGGUGGGUGCGUAAACUCCUGACUGAGUUCAGGUGUGUAAAUACCAGCUAAGUCUAUCCCAGGAGGCAUGACAGCAGGCAUGGGCUUCCAGGGUUCUUUGGUGAAGUGCUGAGUGCUACUAACACUUUUCCUGCCAAUUCAGACUCCAAAACAGCAACAGUGGCAGUCGCCAGCUCUCUCCAGGAGAACCUGGACGUUCUCCACACAGCCCUGCUCGCUGUUGCUUUUUAUGUCUAGCUGCAUAGAACCUCGACUUUUUUAACUCUAGUUUUGUGUAGAAAUAACGAGCAUUCAUUUUUAUUUGGAAUCCUAAGCUGAGCAGAGCUUGGAGGGAAUUUACCUUUUAACUUUUUUCAUUGGGCAUAUUCUGGUUAUUAAUGUACCUAGGAAUAUGUAAAUUAGAUUAAACUUCUCUUCUGGAAACUAAGCCAAGCAUCCUACAGUGUGUGCAUUUAUAUUAUCCAGACAGAAAGGAGGGGGAAUCGGAUGUUGUUUGCACAGGGGACCAUCACAAUUUAAGAGGCAAAAUUCCUUCUGUGAUGCUUUGAUAGAUAAACCCAGUUGGGAGUUUUCUAUGAAUUGUUACUCUUUAUUUACUGACCAUAAGAAGUCAGCUUGGGAAGAUUUGCUUUUAGGAAUUUCUGCAGAUGUUUUUCCAAGUAUCUUCAGAUUUUUUCACUAGCAGGAAAUCUCCCCCCCCCGCUCCCAUUACUGGUUCAGAAUGGAAUGGCUGCAGAAGGCAACUCAAACCAGAGUCAGCAAAACCAUGUAACCGUAAUUCACAUUUCUUCACUGCAGUGAUGGGCACCAAUUUCAAUUCACAAACUCUGAUCCUAGAAGUGAUCGCUAUGACUGAUCUGACCAGCUGUAUCCAGAGACUAGAAUUUUUUAUAGGAGCUAGAUAACAGCAGGUUGUCUAGACAGAGCUAAUCUCAUAAAAAUCAAUCAUUAAACACCAGUUUAAACUGAAUCUUUUCACUCACAUGAUAACCAAGCUGCCCAGAAGGGAAUGGGUAGCAGUGCCUCUGCCUAGUGCAGGUGUCUGAAGGCAGCCAGCAAUGAGGAUCCAUCCAUGGAGACUCUCCGCGAGUUCGUGCAACACAAAGCUAAGGCCUGUCCACGUUGCAAGGAGCUCAGAAACUUAUAGAAGGGCCCCUAGGAAUGCUAGCUUCAGCCUCUGCAUUUCAUCAAGGUCAAGGCCUCCCUCCAGCCAUACGGAAUAGGCAAGAGAAUUUCAGCCAGUGACUCCUGUAUCUUGUAGUUGAGCUGGAGCUUGUAUUCUGCUGAGAGCUGGGAUUGUCGAUUAAUCUCACCUAUUAUAGGAAACCAUGUCUGUUUUCUCUGCUGCUGCCUCCUGCUCUGUGGGAAUGGGUUGGGCAGAAAAAAGUCAGGUCUGAUUUCUCUGAUCCCCUGUGGAGGCCCUGAGUUGAAGUGAACUGAGCCAGCCUCCUAAGGCAUUUCCCACCUCCAAGCCAUGUGUAUGCUUGGAAAAAAGGUGUAAUAUCCUCACAGAGCCAGGGGAAAGGUGGAGUGUUUCCUAGGGGCAGCUGGUCAAAGUGAACCCUUGAGCACGUAACCCCAGAAAGCUUUGCAGCUUACCUCUCUCCCUGCUCCCGGUGUUCCACAUGCCUGGUCCAGCUGCUCUCUUUGGAGAGGGGUGACUUUUGGCCCAGCAGGAGUUUGGAUUUGAAUAAACUCUUU